AUGCCUGUAGACAGUUUGGGCAUUGGUCACGGGAGUGUCCUUCGAAGGAAAGACCACCCUCGUCUCCGUGCCCAGCCAGUGGACGAUGGGGACACUGGAAAUGUCAGUGUCCCUCCUGGCAGAGACCCCGACAACCCAAGAGGCAUCCCCCUAUCUUCCAGUCUCCUGGAGACUCGGAAAAGGGGUGCCCGAGGGCAGGCUUGCUCCCAGUUUCCCUCACAAUGGCUGAACCCAGAGUUAAUCUUGAGGUGGAAGGACAGGAUUCCAUGGCUUUGCAACUUGCAUGACAUUUUAUUGAGAAAUGUGUCCUCAGGUCAAAGUGUGGUCCUUGCCUGUUCUGCUUUAAAGAAAAUGUACAGAAACAUCUUAAGGAGAGGAGAAGGUGCUGCAACCCAGACAUAUGAUGAGCCAGGAGAGAAAGAAGAGCUGAAGCUCCUUGUGGUUUAUCUGAAUGGAUCUUCUGAAGUGAUCUCUGCCCGUUUAGCCAAAAGAAAAGGACAUUUUAUGCCACCUGAGUUGCUCCAGUCACAGUUUGACACUCUGGAACCCCCAUCAGCCCCAGAAAACUUUCUGUCUCUUAGUGUGGACAGACAUAUCUCAGAAAUGAUUCCUAUUAUUGUGGACUAUGUAAAAAUUAAAUAAGAACCCUUUUGGAGCAAUCAUCGGAUCUGAAUUACACAUAAUCAUCAUGUCAAAUCCCCAAAUACAGUCCUAUUUAUAAACAUUUUUAAUCUUCUCCUCUGCAUGUCAAUCUUAGAAUGUACUGGAAGCUGCUUAGUAUGCCUUUCCAAAAAAUAUCACAAUUGUUUCCCAGAGCAUUUUCUCCUCCUUCUGACACCUGCUAAUCAAACCCUUCUUUGUAAAAAAGAAAAAUUGGGUGAAACUCAGCCAACAAAGUGACUAUAUCAGAUAGUAUAUGCAACAUUGCAAACCCAGA